UAAGCUUUGGGCAGCUCCGGACAACCAUGGCCUUCACCCUGUACUCCCUGCUGCAGGCAGCCCUAUUCUGCGUCAAUGCCAUCGCCAUCGCCGUGCUGCACGAGGAGCAAUUCCUGAACAACAUUGGCUGGGGAACAGACCAGGGAAUUGGUGGAUUCGGAGAGGGGCCAGGAAUUAAAUCUCAGCUAGUGAACCUUAUUUGGUCUGUAAGAACCGUGAUGAGAGUGCCAUUGAUAAUAGUAAACUCAAUUGCAAUUGUAUUACUUUUAUUAUUUGGCACUUGA